AUGAUGAAGAGUACCAGAAAUAGCCUCAUAUAUUUUAAUAAUUAUCUUAUUAUUAAUAGAAAGUAUAAAAACAAAAUAUUGUUAAAUCAGAUAUUCCAGAAUGAUAUACAUAUGAGUAAAAUGAAAUUUAACUUUGUUCAGAAAAACAAAAAAAUUAAUAAAAAUAUUUACAAUAUGAACUGUAUAGAGUUAUAUAGAUAUACAUUCUUAUUAGAAAAAAAGAAUAUUAAUAAUAUUAUAAUAUAUAAACAAAUUAAUAAAAGAGUUGAAAUGAUAUAUAAAUUUGUGAACCCUUCUAAAAUUAUCUUAUUAGUUAAACUAUAUUUAGAAAAUAAUAAUUUUCAUAAUUAUAGAAAUACGUUUAUAUGUCUAUUACAACAAAUACUUAUAAAAUUAAAUGAAUUUAAUAUAGAAGAAAUUGUUAAAUUAUAUAGUAUUAUUAGUAAAGUAGAAAAUAAUCAAACUAUUGUUUAUUUAUUUAAAUAUAUUAAUAACCAUCUAAUCCAUAAUUAUACAUUUAUAGAUAUUAAAUCAUUUGCUAUAAUAUUAAAUGCACAUGCUAAAUUAAAAAUUAAAGAUAUGAAAUUAAUAAAUAAAUUUCUAAAUAUUAUAAUUCAACAAAACUUAACAUUUGAUAUUUUAAAUUAUUCAAUUUAUUUUAAUGCAUUCUAUAAACUCAAAAUAAUAAAUAACCAAUAUGUAAAUACUAUAAUUAAUAAUUUUUUUACUGAAAUAAAUAUAUGUAUAAAACAAAAUAUAUUAAAUCAUAAUAUAAAUAAAGAAAUAAAUACAAAAAAUCAUCUGUCAGAUAAUAAAGAACAUCAAAUUAUUCUGGACAAAUUUGUAAAUUAUAAGCCACAUCAUAUAUGUAAUAUUUUGUUGUAUCUUACGAUUUAUAAGGAUGUAUACUUGAGGGCGGGAGAUAAAAAUAAGAUUAUUAAUAUGAAAUGUUAUGAUGAAGAUGAUAUAAUAUAUGAUGAGCAUAACAUAAAAUAUGAUAAUGACAACACAAAAUAUGAUAAUGACAACACAAAAUAUGAUAAUGACAAUACAAAAUAUGAUAAUCACACCACCAAAUAUAAUCAAGACAACAUAAAAUAUUAUAAAAACUACAAACAACUCACCAUUUGUGAACAUAUAAAAUUCUUGUAUCAAUUUAUCAUAUCCAAAAAAGAAGAACUUAAAUGGGAAGAAAUUCUUAUGCUUUGUCAAAUUUUCAAAACAUUAAAAAUUAAAAAUGAUAUACUUGUCGAUUAUAUUGAAAAAAAAGUAUUACAGCAUUUCCAAAUAAAUGACACACAACUAAUAAAUAAAAAUACAGAACUUAUAAAAAUAUUAUUUGAUAUGUGCACAUAUUAUAAUGAUAUAAAUAUAUAUAAAAAUAGUAUAUCUUAUUUUCUUAAACUGAAAAAUAAAAAAUACAAAAUAGAUUUCUAUUCAUCCCUCUUAUUAUUAUAUACUUAUUCAGAAAUAAAUCUACUUGAUUAUGAUAUUAUAUCUUUAUUAGUUUAUAUAAUAAAUAAAAAAUAUAUGCAACAUUUUCAAGAAGAGCAUAUUUUUCUUCUUAUAAGAUCUAUAUAUAAAAUAUGUAUUAACAAUCAACACUAUUUUGUAUAUACUGAAAAUAAACACGAUGAUUUAUCAUAUGAUAAUAAUAAGGGUUAUAAAUUAAAAAAUAAUGAUAAUAUUAUAAAUAACACAAAUAAUAAUGAUAAUUAUGAUGAUCUUUAUAAUAAUUGUAGUUUAUUCCCAAAUGAAAAUAAUAUAAAUAAAGAAACAAAUAAUUGUUAUCAACAACCAAAUGAUUUAUCUGAUUUGUCUUCUGUUCAUAUAUCAAAAAAUGAAAAAAAAAUUAAGGAUGAUAAAGACAAAAUAUAUACUAAUUAUCAAUGUAAUAUAUAUCCUACCAAUAAAAAACAAAUAAAUCAUGAUACCAUUCUAAACACAGAAACAAAACAAAAAAAAAAAAAAAUUCUGUUCUAUAAAAUUAAAAAUUUGAAUGAUCAAAUCUUUUCCAAACUACAAACUGAUAUGUUAUCAAAAAAAAUAGAACUAUAUGAUAUGAACAUAUCUAUUAUGUGUAAAAUUUUAUAUUACUCUGUCUUUCUAAGAAAUUUUAUAUUUGUCAAUAAUGUAAUACAUUUGUUCAUAAAUUAUGAAAAUACACAGUUGAGUUUUAAAAAUAUUUUAAAUAUAUUAUAUUCCUAUAUUCAUAUGAAAAAAAAUUAUAUAUAUAACAAACAAAUAUUACAACAAAUAAAUGUUAUAAAAAUAAAUGAAGAUAAUAAACAUAUGGAACAUAUUAUUAAACAAAAUACUGAUAAUUAUAUUGAAGUAUUAUCAAAUUUUCAUUUUCUUAUAAAUAAUAAAAAAUAUAUUAAUCAAUUAAAAAAUAUGAUUUAUUAUAUGUUUCUUCAAUCUAAAAUAAAUAUAUAUACUUAUAUUAAUAUGGAUAUAAUAAAAACAUUAGUCCAUUAUUCAUUUCUGAAUAUACACUUGCUUAGUAUUAUACUUAAUACAUUAUUAUCGAAGGAUUUAAACGUCAUAAAUAUAAUACAUAAUGAUAAUACAAAUCAUAUUAACAAUAAUAAUAAUAAUAAUUGUAGUAGUAGUAGUAGUAGUAGUAGUUGUUGUAGUAGUUGUAGUAGUAGUUGUAGUGGUAGUACUCCUUCUUAUUGUGGAGAAGAAAAACACACAAAUAUAACCUCUACUAAUAAUAAUAUGAUCAACUAUUCAACUAACAUAUAUGUAAAAAAUAUUUCCACACAAAACCACAUCGAACUAUAUAGUAAAAUCUUUACACACAUAAAUACACUCAUUUUAAAGUGUCACAACAUUUAUGAUAUCACCAGAAUUUUUAAUGCUUCUUUUGUUUUACUUAAUCAUAUUGAAAAAGUAAAAGAAGAAAAUAAAUUUAAUCAAGAAUAUGAACAAAUACAAAAUCAUAUUUAUAAUACAUUAGAAAAAAUUGAAAAAAAUAUAUUAGAAAAUUAUGUCUUAUAUAAUAAAGAAUUUAUCAUGCUUCUAUCAGCAAUAUGUAUAUAUAAUAAUAAUUAUUCUUAUAUACCAUUUUGUUUUUUCUACAAAUAUUUUGAACCCUUCGUUCUUCAAAAUUCUUUAUCAUAUUGUAUAUUACUAAGUAACGAUGAAGAGUUAAAACAUUUUUCUAAUAAAAUUUAUGAGCUAUCCAAGUGUGAUUUUAUUAAUAAUAUUAUGAUAGAACAAGAUACAAACAUAAAAUUAAAAUAUCCUGAACAAAAUGAUAAGAAUAAUAUUCAACAGGAAGAAGAAUUGUAUAUAAAUAUUCCAAAUAGUAAUAGUUAUCAUCAUAAUUAUAUAGAACAAUUUUAUUAUUAUCAUAUUCUACAAAUAAUCAACAGUAUAGACAUUAAUACAUAUGAACAAAAUGAUAUAUCUAAUAAUUAUCCUAUGUUAGAAAAAAUACAAGAAAAUGUAAUUCAUACCAAUUUUAUAGGUAACCAAAAAAAAAAAAAAAAAAUUCAUCUUCAUGUUGAUGAGAAAAAAUAUAUAUAUCAAUUAACCCAUUUUGAUAUAAAUAAUAUUAUAAAUAUAUAUAAAGUAUUAAUAAAUAAUUAUGAUAUAUUAUCUAAAUAUGAAGUCUUUAAUAAUAUUAAAGAUAUGUAUUUAUAUUCUUCAAAGAUAAACCAAGUUAUAUUAAAUAAUCUACCUUUAUACGAAUUAAACAAAUUAUGUUUAUUAAUUAUAAAAUAUAAAAUACCUAAUACAUAUUUAUUUCAACAUAUUAUAAAAUAUAAUUGUGAGUAUAUCAAUUUAAAGAAUUAUAUACUAGAUACAAAUUAUAUUAUUGAUAUAUUACAUAUUUUUAUACAUAUCAAAAAAAAAUAUAAUAUUUUUAUAGAUAACAAUAUUAUAAUUAAUAUUAUUAGCAAAAAUAUAAAUAUACUUAAUACACCACAACAAGUCAAUAACUUAUUAGAGCUAAUAUAUGUAAUGAAAAAUAUAAAUAUUGAUAAUCAUUUUAUUUUAGAAAUAUCUAAAAAUAUAUAUUCAAAUUAUAUUUUAAAAAAUACAAAUAUCAAUAUAGGUGAAAUUAUAUACUUUUUAUAUUUAUUAAAUCAUUUUAAUAAUUAUGAAUUACUAAAUUCUAUGUUUUAUAUAUUCUAUAAUUUAUGGUCUAAUCAUAUGAAAACAAUUACAAUUCGCAAAAAUAAAAAAUUACAAUUAAAUUCUAGCCUAAAUAAUACCUUUUAUAUGGCAAAAUAUAUAUACACACUUGAGAAAAAGCAAAUAUUAAAUGAUAAUAACAAAAUAUUAUCAUAUUCAAAAAAAGAUGAUAAUUUAAAUGAUGAGUAUAUUUUAUAUAUAAAUGAAGAUAAUAAUAUUACUACUGAUGAAAAUAGAGAUUUACAUAAUAUUCUUACUCCCCAAUUAAACAAUCAAUAUGAUCAAAUAUAUGAAAAUAUAGAAAAUAUUAAACAUCAGACAACACAACAUAAUAAUAUUGAUCAAUUAUCAAGUAAUAAUAAUAAUAAUAAUAAUAAUAAUCAGAAUUGUGAUCAUAUUAAUAAACAAUCAAAUAUCUACAAUCUAAAUUUUAUACAUACACAAAUAAAUAAAAAAAAAUAUAUACUUCAUAUGAAUGAUCAUAUAUUUAUAAUAUUAUUUUGCAUAUUAGGUUUUCAAAAAAAUAAUGAUAAAAAUGAAAUUUUAUUGAAAAAAAAAAUUAAUUUAUAUAAAUCAUGCUUUUCUAUUUUUAAAGAACAUAUUUAUAUAUUUAACAAAGAAAUUAUGAUACAAUGUUUAUAUAUAUAUUUCAAUUCAGAAAUCAAUAAUUUAUUCAUAACAAACAAACAUGAAAUAUUUAAAAAUAAUCAAACAAUUUUCAAUAUUAAUGAUAAUAUUAUUUAUAUUUUAAAUAUAUUAAUAAUAUUUAUUCAUAAUCUAGAUAUACAAUCCGUUUUAAAAUUGUCUUUUAUUUAUAUACACUUUUUUAAUUCCAUCUCUAAAGAAACAUAUAAUGUUAAAGAGAACAUCACACUACUUAUGCAGCAUAUUAAUAAAAAAAAAAAUUUAAUCGAAAAUAAUAAUAUCUUGUAUGAACAAAUAAAAACUUAUGCAAACAUGUCAGUAUAUUAA